AUGUCUGAGCAUUCGUCAUCUAUGGAAUGGCGACUUGAGGCAUUCGAAAUAAGACCAUCUUUAUGGAGACUAGUUGAGGAAUUUGUCCCUGAAACUGAACGAUUAGAGAUAAAAGAAGCUUUGGGAGAAGAUUUAGUGGACGAAACUUUGGAUUUGCAAAAGGAGGUUGGUUAACUAUUUGUCUAUAGCUAAUCUUGCUUACAAUGAAUGUACAACUUGUUACACAAAACUACAAAAAUUGUUGUUAUUUACACAAUAUAGCAAAGUGACUCUCAAGCGUUUCCUCACACAGGCAUCAACACUGCUUGAGAUUUGGCAAGAUUACCGAGAAGAGACAGAAAAAGAAGCAAGAGGUAUAAAAUAAUAUCUAGUAAAUAUCCAAAUUUGAAUUAUCUAUGGUAAAUAGCGCAGUGUGUGAAUGAUGCCAGGAUGACUAAUUUGCAAUGUUUGUCAUACGUUUGUCAUUUUGUUCAUUAGACAAACAUGACAUUUUAAUGGCAAAAGUCAGACAAAAGUGAGGGAUUGCUGAUGUUAUUAAUUUUUUUUGUUUGAGUGUCAGGUCUAUAAAUAGUAACUGUGUGCAUAGUGCAGUGCUAUCCUAUCAAGUUAUCCUUGUGUGUAUGUUAUUUUAUAUACUUGCCAAUGUUCACACAUUAUGCUUGGGUCUCAUUCCUGCAGACUAAGGGACUUGUCAGAAAUUAGCAGGGGGGGAGGGGAGGUGGAGAUUUUCAGUUAAGCGAUGAAAAUAAGAUGACCCUCCCUACGUAAGGGAUUAAAGUGUCCCGACCCUCCCCUGGAAAGCAUCCUAAAAUUCUAGGACCCUCCCCUGAGUCCGAAUUUUUAUGCAGUGGUACAAAAAAAAUAAUUGAGUACUUUCAAAAAGCCAUCUUGUACUGAAACUGACCUAUGAUGGACACGCAAGUUUUUCCUCUGUUGGCAAACAGGACAAAAGAAAGUUUUGGGUUUAGUGGGAUUAUGACAGUAUCUCUUUCACGUAGCCUGAAAUUCGUCCGAUUGCUUCGAGUCGUUUUCUCCUCUUCAAUUACUGAGGGAGUAAUAACGACUCGAAGUAAUCGGAUGAAAUUCAGGCUAUCUUUCACGACUAUAAGAAUCAAAGAUGAAUAAUUUUUGUGAAAAAAAGUUAGAUUUCUGAAUGUUUUUCAGUGGAGAUCACUUCAAGUGAUUCUCCUAACAGGGGCAUGUCACAAAACAGCAUGCUAUAGAAAUGGGUACAUUAAAACCUUAUCAACCCCAAUCAAGAAGGAGAAGUUGCCCUUCUACACAAGGAAAACAAUGAUCAGUUUGUCAGGAAAUCAGAAAUGCAUGUCAUGAUUUUCAUAUAUGGUUUGUAUUCUCGUAAAACAUAAUACUGAAGCAUCCGUUCACGAUCGUGGUGGCUUAUUUUUUUGUGUCCCUCCCUCCUUUCCUGUCAUUUUUUUUCAUAACCCUCCCUUUUGGAGGGCUCAAAAAACUCUGACCCUCCCCUGUUUUCCACCUCCCCUCCCCCCUGCUAAUUUCUGACAAGUCCCUAAAGACAACGAUCUCAUCCGUCAAGGGCAAUUUGUCGUUCCUGUCUCACAAAUCUGGACCAUUUUUUAGCUCAUAAUUACAGUGUAAUGACAAAAAUUCGAUUCCAAUUUCCCGAAAAUGUUCCAAAAAAGUGCUAUUUAUUGGCUUUGUGUCCUAAAUGUAUCACCACAACCAAAUAUUGUCGUCUCUAAAUAGCUUCAGAAGUGUUUAAAGGCCAUUGGAACAUCUUCGGACAUUUUCGGAAAAGUUUGGAAGUCUUCUGAAAAUCAUUGGAAAUAAUCAGAAGUAGCUGGGACAUUUUUGGAAAUUCUGAUAACAACAACAAAAAUUUUGCGCAUUUGACUCUGAUAAAGUUGGCUGGUAUAAUUUUACUACCUUUCACCUGUUUUGUGUAAUUUUAUCUUUCAUGUAUGUUGUUUUUAACAGAACAAGCUCUUAAAAAGCAUUUAAGCAGACUUCCUGAACCGCCAAUGAUAAGAGAGAAUCUCAAAAAAGAAAUCAAAAUGUUUGUUGAAAUGUUGCAGCAAAGAGCAAAGGAGGAAGGAAGGUAUGAGUUUUACAAAUUGUGACUAUAGUACAGGGUGCAAAGAAAAUCAUUUUUACAGCUUGCCAUUCGGUCAAGAUGAAGCUAGCAUUUACUAGCCCAGACGUCAUUUCAACUAGCCCCAAAAGCUUUUUGACGAGCAGAAUUGAUUUCACAGUUCUUCUGUCAUUUGAAUUCCUCAAAAAACGUCACUUGCCCAUCGGGCAAGUUAAAAAAAUAAUUCACUAGCCCGAUGGCAAAAUCAACUAGCCCCGGGCUAUCGGACACUACUUUCUUUGCACACUGAUAGUAUGUUACAAGAGAUAUGUCAUCAGAUCUUCUAAUACAGAUCAGAAAAAAAAAUGUCAUGUGAAUAUUAUUACAGUGCAGUUUGUGUGGCAAAAGACCGCAAAGGGGUGAGGGUGCUCUCAGUUUUUGGGGAGGUACGAGAGUGAGCUUAUAUCAACCUUUUAAGCCCCAAUAUCCACAAACAAAUUCUCCAAACUCAUCUCUAUACAUUUCCUUAAAGAAUGAGUUGAGAGAAUUUGAUAAAAGAUCAAAGCAUUUUCUCUUAGGUGAUCAUUUAAUUAAUUCUCAUAACCUCAUCUCGUGAUAAUGUAUGGAUAUUGUUAGGAGAAAAUUGCUGUUGGUCACUAUUGGGACUUAAAGGGUUAAAGUAAAAAUCCCGUGGACAAGAGAAAAAUGUCUGAGGAAAGACUGCAGAAAUUCCAUACUGAUCACAUGUCGCUAAACAGACCUACAGGGUGUAGGUAGUGCUUCUGAUUCAGAGAAGAAAGUUUCCCUUGUGGCACGACUGAUCAAAAGCACUAUAAAUAUAUGAGUACAAUUUAUUACACAUCAUCAGUAAGGAAUUUCUGUGCUUGUUUCUCAGACAUAUUAUUAUAUCAAUCUUGACAAUCAAUCAAUACCUUUAUGUAAGUGUCAAACUAACAUAGAAGUACACUAGAUGGGGACACUAUAAAUUAAAAUAAGCAACUAUUGUUUGUAGCCACUAAAAUCGAAUUGAUAUUUACAUUUAGUGUAUCAUAUUGACUAGAGACCAAGUGUAAAAUUUAUAAGAUUAUAACAUGUGUUUAAUAUUAUUACUGAAUUAAAAAAAAGAAAAAAACUAUUCACAAGUGUAUACGAGCUUAGUGAAAAUAGCAGUGUGUUCAUUCUGCACUACAUAGAGUGCAAUUUGAGCACUGAGCAUCAGAGAUGCUGGCUUUGCAAAAUGUUAGCUGUUUUCUCAGUUAACUUGAAGGGGAAGCCAAAUAAUUGCCUGGAACUAACCCUAAAGUAUCCUGUGCUGAUAUUUCAAAGAGUAAAAAUACUCAGGUCAAGCUAUUAGGACAUUGCUAGACACAUCACAGAUUGUCCAACCAUCCUGAUCUUAUCAGGAUUCUUGCAAUUGUGCUUGAUAAUUCCAAAUCCCAAUCAAUAUGUCAUUGCCUUAUAGUGACCCUGGUGUCUUAUCAUUGUUUUGAUUAUAGCUUGGAAAGAUUGUUUUUUAUAAUAUACCAUAAACUGCCAUUAUUGUCAUAAACUGACACAGUACAUAUAUUUUUGUAUAAAUGUUCAGUCUUUGUAAGUGUGAAAGUUUUUUUGUCUAAUUGUUGUCUUGUUUUCUUUAGAAAUGCAUCCUCCAUUUUGAGCAAAGAAGAAUCCAAUAUAGUGGAAUAUGUUUUCAACAAUAAAGGUCAGUGCAGGUGUAUUAGAAUAAUGUAAUUUACAGAGAGCAAAAUAGAAAUCUAUUUGCAAUGUGUUUUGUCUUAAACCCAUAAUGAAAAAUGGCAGAAAAUUGAAAUUUUUCAUGCCCUAAGGCCUCUGCCAUAUGGUACUUUGCUAUUUGCAUGCAUUGGAGUUUACAUGUACAUUAUGCAUCAAUAUUAUUACUUAAUAUGUAUUAUUAAGCAGUACAAUUUAAGUUAGCAUUGGUGAAUUACCAGAAGUGAGUUGCAGGAUCUUGGAUUUUCAACCUCUAGCUGGCCAGAGAUCUGACAUUGCAGCUUUCAAUGUCUUGCUAGCAAGAUCUUGGAUUUUUUAACAUACUGCAGACAAGAUCUUAAUCUUUCAACAUCUUGCUUUCAAGAUUGCAAAUUCUCAGGAUCUUGCUGGCAUUAUCUUGAAUUUUUAAGAUUGUGUACUCUCCGUUUGACAACUCCCUGCUGUCAGUUAAACCCACAAAUGAGAACUUGCCAUUGUGGUGGUAUAUUUUUGAGAAGGCACAGUUCCACUUUAAUUAAUGUUUCCUUUUUAUAAGCACUGGUGUUAGAUACUAAUUAAUCCAUUUUGGGCACCAUCAUGUAUUUGACUCUAUUCUGAAAUAAGAACACAUGUCAUAAAAUCCAGAAAUUACUUGUUCUCAUUUUCACGUGACAUCGUACUAUCUUGAUAUCUUGUUUAAGUACAGUAUUUUAAUACUGUUCUUCAUUGAGAAAUUUCUUUCCCCAAUUAGCAAGCCGCCCCUCCAGCUCUUCCAGCCGACCAUCCACUGCACAUUCAUCGAGAGAUGGGCGUCAAACCCCCAUGCGAGCCACACCCAGUAGUGAUGGUAGUAGGUGAGUAUAAACCGGCUUAGAACAGCAGCUGAGCGAUUAUAUACUGUGUUUCUCCGAAGCUCUGUUAAUUCAAAGACCGAUUUGUUAACUUGGUCUCAAAAAUCUCUAUUUGGGUGAUCUAAAAGACCUUUUGUACAGCAGUGAUUUUGUUAGAAAUGAGUAAUGGUGAGUCCUGGGACUCAUCUUGUGAAAAAUCAAGAGUCCCAGUUCAGAACCAGUGCGUCUCAGUUAAGAAAAAGAUGAGUCCGAAAUUGAAAAUACCUGGGCCUUUAUGUAGCCAGACAGUUAAUCUGAAGACAGACUCCAAAACUCUGUAUUACACCAACGGUAGUCCUUCAAUUUUAAACCACAACAAAGGCUAAAAGAAAUAUGAAUCGUUAAACAACAGCCGUAAUAACUGCCACAGAAAUUACAUGAACGGGCGGGAUAUUUCUACAAAUAGACAGGUUGAGAUCGAUCGAAUUGUUAGCAUGAUUCCGGAAUCCUUGAGCUGUAUUCUGGAUUCCAAAACCCACGAUUCCGGAUUCCACCAGAAAAAUUUUUCCGGAUUCUGGACUUCACAAACAAAACCUCCCGAAUUCUGGAAUCUGGAGUCCCUUACAUGGGGUGAAUAAGUCCUGGGCCAAUUUUGAAGUUGUUAAUGAGGCUGGCUGAUCUGCAUUUGUUUCAGGUGUACUUCUUCUCUAAGUGAUCAUUUGGAAUCCAUGAAUGACAAACUUAACGCGCUUGAAAUUGACAGAAUUACAGACAAUUUAAGGUAGGGAAUUAUGUUGUUGUACAAACCCCAUCCAUGUACAGGAAACCGGUCGUUUCGCCUACAAGUCGAAUCGACCUGAGUGUGAAGAAAGAUCGGUUGUUGACACGCCUGAACUAGGUAACAGGUAAAAUUACACUUUUUUUAGUUUAAUACUUUUCGAACUUCAAGCGCAACUGCGUUGGCGAAACGACUUUGAUCGUGUAGGCGAAUCGACCUGAGUGUGGGCGAAACGACUUGUAGGCGAAACGACCGACAUUCCAUGUACAGUGUACCAAGGGGAGCAAGGGUGGCGCAGUGGUGAGAGCACUUGCCUCCCACCAAUGUGGCCCGGGUUCAAAUCCCGGCGUUGACGCCACAUGUGGGUUGAGUUUGUUGUUGGUUCUCUCCCUUGCUCCGAGAGGCUUUUCUCCGGGUACUCUGGUUUUCCCCUCUCCUCAAAAACCAACAUUUCCAAAUUCCAAUUCGACCAGGAAUCAGGUAGACGAAGAACCACUAUGUGGAUGUGCUACCUGCAAAUCGUUAUUUAGUAUUUAUUUUAUUUAUUUAUUUUAUCCAAAGAAUGAUAGUCUACACUGUGGUAAAUGUACGUUUAAACUACUAACUUGAACACUCGAAAAAAGGAGAAAUUAAAAAUCCUACUAUUGUGUAUCAUCUUUAACGAGCUCUUUAUUUAAUGUAUUUUGUCCAUCGUUGGCCAUUUUAUGAUCGUUAAAUUUAGAUAAGUUACAGAACUUUAUAUUGUUACUUGUAUUAUGCAGGCAGCUGUUAGUAGAAGAAAAAGAAGGGCUUGUCGGAGACAUUGCUUUUUUACAGGUAAAGAUGGGUCUUUUGGUCGUUGUUUUUCAUGUCAUUGUACAAUGUACAUACAUGGUAGCCUUCAAAACUUCCCCCGUUGCGCUCCUCGCUCGCUUCGCGUUUGCCUUCGCUUGCCUAAAAAAACAACAGACCGCCUUUUCUACAGGCAUGUUGUCUAUCCUAUCCUUAUGCAGAAUGUUGUGGCAGUCUGUUUGGAUUUAUGCCAUCCUGUUGAUUUCUCGAGAUUUGAGCUAGCCGGCAUUCCUACGACUGUUACGGUAUCUUUAAUCCUUAAAGAAAAAAAAAAAACAACAACAACAACAACACAGCAUUGACAAAAUUAGAAACUAAUUUUCACUCUUUGCUUCUUUUUUUAGGACUGCUUGAUGGAAGAAUCAGAUUACCGAGAUAGUAUCACAUCAUCUCCUGACCCAGAACCGACGCUAAGAGGUGAAGCCUUAUGCUUUAAGACGUUAAUAAUUUUCUGACAUUCGCGCGCGAAAACCUUUUUAUCUAAAAACAACGUUCUCGUUUCAUGUGAUGGCUUUGCUUUUAUCACCAGCAUGCAAAUUUUAUAUUAUUCCUGUUAUCCCGAAAGAAAAGCGUUAACGAACCGUACCCGCCAUAUCAUGGUCGAGUGCGGGUUAUGUAAUUGUGUUGCUUGUUCGAUUUUUUUUUUUUGUAGAUUUACGUGAUUUGGGAACUAAGCUCGAGAAAGAACUUUUGCAUAACGAAGCAGGUGUAAUAACGUAAGUAUAUGGGGAAUGAGGAAAACCUCUGAUCUUUUCAAGGGUUUUUAUCAAGUUGUUGUUCUUUUACAAUCAUUUCUCAAGCAUCUUACUACUGUUGCGGCUUAAAAAAGAUCCUACCAUCCACCCCUUCCCCUUUUCCGCCUAUUUAGCAAAUUCUUACCCGUUGUCUCUGUGUUCGUAUCACAGGCAACACAAGCGAAAACUCUCGGAAUCCAGAAGACAGUUUUCUUUGGAACGGAAGCCUUCUUUGACGAGACGAGUGUCCGCCGGGUCCGAAUCUCAUGUCGUUCCCAGACCUCCUCUGACUCCGCAUGACCGUCAUGUUCAUACUGUGGUAGCUAAUCGCACGCUCACAAGUAAACACUCUGAUGCGAGCGUUCUUUCCCGGGGACAAUUCUCUCCUUCGCCGCCUUCGUCUGCCAAUCAAAUUAGAAUGACACCAUCUCCACCCAGUUCGGCUAAAACCAGUCGGCCAAACUCAGCUUCACGGUUUCGGAAAAUGGUCGUAGAAUGUCGGGAUAGCGCACGUUAGGCGAGAUAUCCUGGUAUCCUCGACAGUAAAAGUCAUCCAGAGACGCGUGAGCUGCCUUUGUGUCGCAUUCCAGGUUUCCACAGAACUCUGUAAAACCCUUGGAAACGAUCCUCAAGUUUGCCCCGAAAAUAACCGCAGUCCGUGAAUAUAUCUGUUCGGUCUACAUUUUUUAACACUGACAGUAACAUGAUCCCGCAUUAUUUUUAACCUGAGAAAACGGCCGACUUGUUGCGACUCCACCACUGGUUUUUCCGCGAAAUAGAAUUUGUGGCACGACCGCAGAAAUUCCAUACUGAUGACGCGUCACUACCCAGAUCCGGGCGCGGGGCA